CCAAAACACACACAAAGGGAAGGAGUGAGUGAGAAAGGGCGGGUGCGGUCCGGCCAUGAUCAAAAUCCUUAUCAUCUCGAAUCUUAAUUAUCUUCUUUUUUUUUUCUUUUAAUUAUUUCGCUAUCAGUAUCUUUUCUUUUUCGGUUGGAUGCACCGGUGAUUGAGCAGAAAAAUGGCGAAUCACCGUACAUCAUCGAGAAGCGGGGGAGGAGUGCCAAUGUUGGGUGGUUUUGGAUUUACAGUUAGAUUAUUGGCUUCUGCAAUUACAGUCGCAAUCUGUUUCUUCUUUGCUCUCUCUUUCUUCUUCACUUCCCACUCUCACUCCCCUCAUCUCCAAACCAACUUUGGUUUCGCCACUGGUUCCUACGGACUUGGAUCCACAAGGAGGUCCGUUUUGGCACUCAAAUCGGAUCCGCUCAAGCCCCGACUGGAUCAGAUCCGGAAACAAGCCGGCGACCACCGCUCUCUCGUCCUGGCCUACGCCUCUUACGCUCGAAAGCUAAAGCUCGAAAACUCGAAGCUCGUUAGGGUUUUCGCUGAUCUAUCUCGAAACUACUCGGAUCUCAUUAACAAGCCAUCUUAUCGGGCUCUCUUCGAAACCGAUUCACUCUCCAUCGACGAGUCGGUGCUGCGACAAUUCGAGAAAGAAGUCAAAGAGCGAAUCAAAGCCACGCGCCAAAUGAUCUCCGAAGCCAAAGAAUCCUUCGAUAACCAGCUCAAGAUCCAGAAAUUAAAAGACACCAUCUUCGCGGUCAACGAGCAACUGACCAAAGCUAAAAAGCAAGGCGCCUUUUCCAGCCUCAUCGCCGCAAAAUCGAUCCCUAAAAGCUUACAUUGUUUGGCAAUGAGGUUGAUGGAGGAACGGAUCGCACAUCCGGAGAAAUAUACGGAUGAAGGGAAGCCGAUUCCUCCAGAAUUUGAGGAUCCGAAGCUUUAUCAUUACGCUAUUUUUUCAGAUAAUGUAAUUGCUGCAUCCGUGGUGGUGAAUUCUGCAACGAAGAACGCGAAGGAGCCGUGGAAACACGUUUUCCAUGUGGUGACUGAUAAGAUGAAUCUGGGAGCAAUGCAGGUUAUGUUUAAAUUGAAAGAUUAUAAUGGGGCUCAUAUUGAAGUUAAGGCGGUUGAGGAUUACAAGUUUUUGAAUUCCUCUUAUGUUCCGGUGUUAAGACAGUUAGAAUCUGCGAAUUUGCAGAAGUUUUACUUUGAGAACACACUUGAGAAUGCCACGAAAGAUACGACUAAUAUGAAGUUUAGGAACCCAAAGUAUUUGUCAAUUUUGAAUCAUUUAAGGUUUUAUUUACCAGAGAUGUAUCCCACGUUGCACAGGAUAUUGUUUUUGGAUGAUGAUAUUGUGGUGCAGAAAGAUUUGACUGGGUUGUGGAAGAUUGAUAUGGAUGGGAAAGUGAACGGGGCGGUGGAGACUUGUUUUGGGUCUUUCCAUAGGUACGCGCAGUAUAUGAAUUUCUCGCAUCCUUUGAUUAAGCAGAAGUUUAAUCCCAAGGCCUGUGCUUGGGCUUAUGGGAUGAAUUUCUUUGAUUUGGAUGCUUGGAGGAGGGAGAAGUGUACGGAGGAGUAUCAUUACUGGCAGAAUCUGAAUGAAAACAGGACCCUAUGGAAAUUAGGAACGUUGCCUCCUGGUUUGAUCACAUUUUACUCUACCACGAAACCGCUAGACAAGUCGUGGCAUGUUCUUGGACUUGGCUACAAUCCAAGCAUUAGCAUGGAAGAGAUCCGCAAUGCUGCAGUGGUGCACUUCAAUGGGAAUAUGAAGCCAUGGCUUGAUAUUGCCAUGAACCAGUUUAAGCCUCUUUGGACAAAGUAUGUUGACUAUGAUUUGGAGUUUGUCCAGGCCUGCAAUUUCGGUGUCUAAAUAAGGUUUCGAGGUUACCGGGAACAUGCUGCAAGGCUAGUUUUUCUUACACGUCAAAAUCAAGUGUGCGUGGAAGAAGAUAAGCAUUAGUAUACUUUUGUCAUGUUAAUUCUAGAAUUCUUCCUUUUUUGUUCAUACAAAAGGUGUCGCAAUUAAAUUAUUGGGCAGAUGUUCAACUGUUAAAUUAUGCUGCAAUCAGAACGAUCAAGUUGUUUUUAAGCAGUGUGCCAGCUGAAAAUUGCUUUCUGAAUUGUUA